AUGCAAAUCUUCGUCAAGACCCUUACGGGUAAGACUAUCACCCUUGAGGUGGAGUCGUCGGACACCAUCGACAAUGUCAAGUCCAAGAUCCAGGACAAGGAGGGAAUCCCCCCGGACCAACAGCGUCUGAUCUUCGCUGGUAAGCAGCUGGAGGACGGCCGCACUCUUUCGGACUACAACAUCCAGAAGGAGUCGACCCUGCACCUCGUGCUGCGCCUGCGUGGUGGUGGUAAGAAGCGCAAGAAGAAGGUCUACACCACCCCCAAGAAGAUCAAGCACAAGCGCAGAAAGACCAAGCUUGCCGUCCUCAAGUACUACAAGGUCGAUGGCGAUGGCAAGAUUGAGCGUCUCCGCCGCGAGUGCCCCGCUCCCGAGUGCGGUGCUGGUGUCUUCAUGGCUGCUAUGCACAACCGCCAGUACUGUGGCAAGUGCCACCUCACCUACGUUUUCGACGAGUCCAAAUAA